UUUAUUGCUAGAGAUACGAGGAUGAAGUUAGUCUUUCUCCGUCGUUCGCGCUCUCUCCAGCUUUAAAUUAGCUCUAAAGAGGCGCAUUUUUUGGAAAAGAAAAAAAAACCGUCCUUAGUAUUAUUUUCCUUGCACAUUCAUUCAGAAUUCAGAUCAUCUGGGUAGAGCUACUUUCUCAAAAUUUGGAGUUUUCAAGAGCUAUAGAUCAGUGCUAAUAAGAAUUACUGCGGAUUCGUCAUCUUGUGUGUGAAUCAUCUCUUGGGAAUUUAUUAAAUAUGGAACUUCAAGAUCAAAUAUACGUGCUUGCGGGCGUUUUUGGAGGAUUCUCCUUAAUUCUAUUCCUCUUUGUGUGCUACCUAAUGUUGAGCCUAUCAGAAAUACACUCCCAGAUGAAGUCCCAAAAUGCCCAAGACAGAUACGAUCGCAGACCUAGACCGUCCAGGAACGACCUAGCCUAUGCCAAUCCGUCCAUUGUGCCUGGAGAGGAACUCAAUCGCCGUGGAUAUCAAAUGACCGAUGGCCAGGAAGAUUUUGCGCCCUCAGGACUCGCUGCAAUUGCGUCCAAUCGCUACAGAUCGCAAAUGUCCAUCGAUGUGGGCACUAAAGAUGCUUCAAGGGAUUUCUCGAGCAUCUUGAACAAUGAGGAAAUGAUCUUCGCCGGAGAUGGCAGAGCUAGUGGUCAGAGAUCGAGAUCUAUCUCUGCACCUCCUCCGCCCUUGGGAAAACCCUCCAGUUUUAACGAAAAUAUUUCCUACCAAGGAGCCCACUUGAAUCCUUUGGGUCAGAGACAGGACAGGGGGUACUUCAAUCGAGUGGGAGGAUACUAGUACUUCCGUCCGGGAAGGUCAAAUUGUGGAGUUUGAAAACAAAAAUUCUCGCUUUAAA